AUGCCAACUGCACACAUUGAUCUGUUCCCCAAAAUUUCCAAGCUCUUCGAGCAAAGGGCUUUUCAGAAACCCUCCCACAUCUCAGCACCAGAAAGCGAAGGGCUAUUUAACCAUCUAUACUUCGUAACCCUGCCAUCAACACCUGCUGGCUUCACAUGUAACGAAUUUUUCGUCAGAUUGUCACAUCCCUCCCACCCAUUUGUCAAAACCAGAAACGAAGUCGGUUGGCUCCAGUAUUUCCACCAGCACGCACCACCAUCCUUCAACAAGAGGAUUCCUAAACUUCUAUUUUUCAGUGAUACUACAAAUGAACUGGGUCAUGAAUAUACAGUUAUCGAAAAGCUCCCAGGUGAAACACUUUGUGACAUAUGGGAGGAUAUAGAGCCAUCCACCUUGGUGACAGCAGUUGUAGACGUCGUACAGGAAAUCCGGAGCCUCACUUCGAAACUUCCACAGAGAUGGUUUGGUGGUUUCACCCCAGAAUUCAAGCCAGGACCUUACGUGGAAUGCACAACGUAUUCUCUCAGUCACAUCAAGCAGCAUUGGUCGACGUACCCGGACGAAACUUACGAAACGCUAAACCUUACAACACCGUUUAAUAGCCUUGCAGAAUACUGGAAGGCAAGAAUCUCAAGGGACAUACGGAUUAUCGAAAAACACAAACAUUGUGAAGAACUACGGACAAAAUAUCUUGAAAAACUAAAGGCACUUCCUGAUAUACCUGAAAGUGUUCAUAACGCGAAGCCUUUCCUCGCCCAUCGGGAUUUGGUAUUGGGAAACUUGUUAUGGGACAGGAAGAUCCAGAAAAUCACUGGGAUUUUGGAUUGGGAAUUUGCUGGCAUGUAUCCUUUAUCGGACUGGAACCCAGGGAACACAUUAUGGACGACUAAACAGCAAAAGAAGAAGGAUGGCAAAGUCACACAGGGGACACUUUUCAGUCUACUGGACAAGGAACUGAAGGCUAGGGGUCUAGAUGAUACCGAUCAAAUGUUUCGGGAAGAGUUGUGA